CAAAAACUUCACCCAUUAAUCUGGAUCCAAAUUUUCUUCUUUAUUUCUUCUUUAUCUACAUUCUACAGAAGCUUAAAUCAAACUAACGCAUAUACCAUGUGAGCAUUUCUUGCAAACUACUAGGUGUAAUUCAAUUUGAAGCCUCGUUAUUAGUUACUACCACACUCUAUCACUCAUAAUUUUUCUGGUUGCAGGAAUAAAUCUGAAAGAGAAGAUAAUGUCUUGUAGUAUAUCGUCUUCUGCAUUUCUUGUAUCAUCAGACUUGUUUCGACCUCGAUUGAACAAACCCACUUCAUUAUCAUGGUCUUCUUCUUUGCCCCAAUUGAAUCUCUCCCUCAAUUCAAGAACUAAUUUGUCAAAUUCUACUACUAGACAGGACUUUGUCGUUCAAGCAGCCUGGACCAGGAGAUCCCGGGGAGAACCCAAAAAAUCCGGGAGGAAAUCAUGGAAACAACGGACUGAUAUGUACAUGAGACCAUUUCUUUUGAAUGUUUACUUCUCAAAGCGAUUCGUUCAUGCCAAAGUGAUGCACCGUGGAACCAGUAAAGUGAUAUCUGUUGCUACUACAAAUGCUAAGGAUUUAAGAACUACCCUACCAUCUCUUAUUGAUAAUAAUGCUUGUAGAGUGGUGGGCAAGCUCAUUGCUGAGCGAUCCAUAGAAGCUGAUGUAUAUGCCCUCGCCUAUGAGCCUAGGAAAGGUGAGCGUAUUGAGGGCAAACUUGGUAUUGUACUGGAUACUAUCAAAGAACAUGGGAUCAUAUUUGUAGACUAAUUUCUCCUUUGACAGUUGUAGAGUGAAAUUAUGAGUUUAAUGACUGCUUCCUUUAUACA